AUGUGGUGGAUGGGUCUCAGCGGACUGGAGCGGCAAGUGCGCCAGGACCUGGAGUGGUACAGUUGGUAUUUGCGUCCUGAUCGGAGUCUUCAAUUGGCCAGGAUGGCCUUCACGGGCUGCAAAGAGUUGCUGCGGCGUCUCUCUGUGGGACGACUUCCGGCGAAGAGGCCCUUGGACUGGGACUGGGAUGUGCCACAGAGGCGGCCACGCCGGCGACCACGCUUGGAUUAUGUUUGGGUCGACAUCGAGACGCAGUUACCUCACCAGGCCCCGAAGGUUCAGGUUCCCUCGCCAGAGCUCUCCUACCGUGAGCUUCGUUUGUUUGAGCGCUUGGAAGAGGAAGCUGGAGUCCGUUUGGAUGCCCGCAUGCCCUUGUCGACUGCCUUCGACUCCCUCCGGCUGACGGCGCUGGUGGGUGCCUUGCGAAGAGCCGUAGCGCCAAGACUGACCUUGCGAGAGGCGCUCGCGUGCGACACGGUUUGGGACCUGCUGAAGCUUACCAUACGUCGAUCGGAGGCUCCAACGGAUGCGGAAGACCAAGGUCUAAAGCAAGCACGCGAGGGAGGUAUGGAGCCAUGCUACUUCAGAGUCAGAGAAUGGCCUUACAUGUUUGCGAUGUCCGUUUGUUGGGCAUUGGAAAGCCAGGGACCUUGUGGCCAGAAGGAAUGUGCUGCCAUCGAAAGAGCCUUGCAAAAGUUGGUCGAUCGGCAUGGUGCCCUCUCGAUGAGGCUAGCAGAUCCUCCUGCUACAUGGGAUUUGGCCAUGGAAGCUGCGGCCAAUUUGUCCUUGACCCGAGCCAUCCUAGGAGACCGCACACGAGAGAUCAGGGGGCGUGUGUGCCGAAGAGGACGAGAGAUCAGCGGACUUGGCAGAAUCAUGGACUUCAUAGGUUGGCUUUUGUGGACUGCGUGGCCCCGGCUGCAGCACGAAAGACACCUACCUGGAGGCCCUGGAGGAGGGCCUGACCGAGCCACAGAAUCCGUACAGCUUGAUGUGGUGCAUUGUGAGGAUUCUGAGCAGCUCGAGGGGCGAUCUGCAUGGCUUUUGGAUGGCCGGAACGGUCGUCAAAUUCUUCAAGCCCCCAUCCAUGCGGUGCUGCUGAAAGACUCCAGCAGAUCUCGGCUCCAUGUGGCUGUAAGCCAUGGACUAGCAGAUGGGUUUUCAGGUUUGCCGCUUCUAAAGGACUUCAUCCGUUUUUAUAAGCAAAUCUGUGAAAGCGGAGAGGUUUCAGAAGAGGAGGAUGCUUUUGAUCGCUUCUCAGGGCUCUCUUCGCAAGAAGCGAGGUUGAAAGGAGCGCUGAUGGUUUCAGCAGCAGCUACUGAGGUGGCAGAUAUUGCAAGCUGGGCCUUGCCGUUCUCAUCCUAUGAGGGUUUCGAUCACUUCAUUUGGCUGCAGCAAGCUUCCAUGGAAACCCUUCGAUCAAUCGUUGAACAUCGACACUGGUGCUGCUCGUUGGAUGUGGCGGUUUUGGCCCUUCUGGGCUGUGCACUUGCUCGUCUUCAUCCUCCAUCAUUGCACUUGCGCUUCGUUGCAUCUGCAAGAGAUCAAGGAGAUGAAGGCAGCGUGGCGGACUUCGCCGAUGCCCGCGACCUGGACGUGGCCUUCGACGACGCCAUCGGCCUCGAGGAGGCCGCGCGAUGCCUCGCGGAUGGCGUGCGACAUCGGCACUGGAGGGUGCCGGAUCCCAGGACCAGCAGUGAAGAUCGGAUUUACAUCAACGUGCGCCCACUGCUGGAGGUGAACAGUUCUUCCACCGACGAAAGCGACUGGCACCAUGUGACGCAGUGGCCGCCUGUGGAAGGUGAGCGAAACUGGGACCGGCGUAACGUGAAUCACGCGUUGUGGAUCAUGGCUGAUCAAGUGUCGUUGCUGGAAUGGGUCUUUUGCUUGAAGAUCCGGGCCAGCCGCAAGGAGGAUCGAAGCUUGGGCCGUGUGCUUGAGCAAGUCCUCAAAGACAUCGUGCUGAGACCUGAUGUUCCAUUGCACCGGAAGGAACAGCGACUCGGCCACAUGUUGGAAAGCACCUUUUGUCAUACUUUGUGCACCAUUUGUACACUGGGAAAGCGUGAAGCACACACAUGUUGUCAUGUCAAGGGCCCACAAGUGCAUUGCCCAGGCAGCCUGAAUCAGAUAUGCGAGCUGCAAAAGAGUUGCCUCAAUUGUUGA